CUAACCUGUCUUCCUUCUCUUUGGAGAACAGGACCAUGUGGAGCCAUGUUACCAGUCUUCGAGCUCUAGGUUUUACAAAAACAGAAACAAGGAGUAAAUGAUGAACAAUCUCUCUGGUGCCACUGAGUUCUGCCUUCUAGGCUUUCCUGGGUCCCAAGAACUACACCACAUUCUUUUUGCCAUAUUCUUUUUCUUCUACUCAGCAACGUUAAUGGGAAACACAGUCAUCAUCAUGAUUGUCUGUGUGGAUAAACGUCUGCGGUCCCCUAUGUAUUUCUUCCUUGGACAUCUCUCUGCCUUGGAGAUAUUGGUUACAACUAUUAUCGUGCCUGUGAUGCUUUGGGGAUUGCUGAUCCCUGGGAUACAGACAAUAUCUCUGGCUGCAUGUGUCACCCAGCUCUUCCUGUACCUUGCUGUGGGGACCACAGAGUUCGCAUUACUGGGAGCGAUGGCUGUGGAUCGUUACGUGGCUGUCUGUAACCCUUUGAGGUACAACAUCAUUAUGAACAGCCACACCUGCAUCUGGGUGGUCAUUGUGUCAUGGGUGUUUGGGUUCCUUUCUGAAAUAUGGCCAGUCUAUGCCACAUUUCAGUUUACCUUCUGCAAGUCAAAUCUGUUAGACCAUUUUUUCUGUGACCGAGGGCAACUGCUCAAACUAUCCUGUGGUGACACUCUUUUCACAGAGUUCGUUCUCUUCUUAAUGGCUGUUGUCAUUAUCAUUGGUUCGCUGGCCCCAACAAUAGUCUCCUACACCUACAUCAUCUCUACCAUCCUCAAGAUCCCCACAGCCUCGGGCCGGAGGAAAGCCUUCUCUACGUGUGCCUCUCACUUCAUCUUUGUUGUGAUCGGCUAUGGAAGCUGCUUGUUCCUGUUUGUGAAACCUAAGCAAACACAGGCUGCUGAGUACAACAAGAUAGUUUCCCUGUUUAUUUCUGUGGUGACCCCUUUCCUGAACCCUUUCAUCUUCACCCUGAGGAAUGACAAAGUCAAAGAGGCCCUUCGGGAUGGUAUGAAACGCUGCUGUCGACUGGUCAAGGAUUGA